AUGAGAAAGAACAAGGAAGCGGAAAAUUCAUGUUUGGUUUAUGGUAAUCCUUACUCAACUGUGCAAUCACAGAAACGAGAACGAGAAUUUUGCGUUGACCACAAAUGUUAUAAUGCUGAAGCGAUCGCGGCAGGAAUACCAGUAAUAGCGGUACCGCUGUUCGCGGAUCAACCAAGGAAUGCCAAGCUAGCCGAAAGCCAUGGAUUUGGCGUGGUAAUUCAAAAGAAUAGCCUCGACGUGAACACGAUAACUGACGCAAUAAAUCAAAUCCUCACAGAUCAAAGUUAUUCGCGUAAUAUCAAAAGGUUGUCACAAAUGCUGAAGAAGAAACCAGUGAGUGUGUCUCAUUUGCUGAUUUCGUGGACCGAGUUUGUGGCCGAAUUCAAGACGUUGGAUAACCUCGUGCCUGCGGGAAACAAACUAAACUUUAUACAAUAUUAUUCUCUUGAUGUCAUUGGCUUUCUCUCACUCACAUCAUUAUUGAUAUUGUAUGUUAUAUGGAAACUACUAAAAAUUUUGGUGCUGAAAAUAUGUUCCAAGUUUUUCAAUGAAAGGAAACGCAAGUUUGACUAGCC